AUGACUUAUGUAAAGUUAGAAUUGUUCUUUUGGAAAAUUUUAAAACUUCACCAUUUCAGGCUGCAAGAAGCAAGACUUGAAGUUUUGAAACAAUUGCUCAAACAGAGAGAAGAAAACCACCAAGAAUUGAAUAUUAAGAGAUUGGAUCAACUUUGGUAAUUUUUUACCUUAAGUUUGUAGAGCUAGCCAUUUAAGAGUUGCUAAGAGCAUAAUUUAUGGAAGAUCAUAUGUAAAUUAUUUGGCUUUAAGGAGAUCCACGUUGUAGGGUUGAAUCCAGAUUUAGUUUCAAUUGUUGAACAUCUAAAGCUUGAGUGACACAUGUUUUCACAAAGGCUAAAAUAACCAUAGAGAGAUAGCUGUACAUUUGCACAUAUAUUUCUAAGUCUAAAUAUAUUUCUUAGGACCUAGACAACACUGUACAUUUGCAUAUACAUUUCUAAGUCUAAAUAUCUUUCUUAGUACACAAUAGGGCACUGUAUUUUCCUGAAGUUGUUUAGAAAUGAAUGCAGUAUUGUCCAGUCUCCUCCUAUUAAGAGAUAUGUUUUGGAAAAAAGCAUUCAGGAAUCACUUUUGUUUUCAUAAUAUCACAGACCUUUAGCUGUUUCUAUUUCCAUAGUUGCACAUACCUUUAGCUGUCUCUAUUUUCAUAGUAUCACAGACCUUUAGCUGUCUCUAUUUUCGUAGUAUCACAGACCUUUAGCUGUCUCUAUUUUCGUAGUAUCCCAGACCUUUAGCUGUCUCUAUUUCACCUUUGACCAUAAAAUGUAAGCUCUUUCCCCCUUUAAAAGCCUUUUGGUAUCAUAUCAUUAUUUUCAUUGUAUGAUUUAUUAUUGAUUUGAUUUGUACAUUAUUUUGUUCAUAUCCAUUUAUCAACCAGGGCUGUGAAACAAAAAAAUAAAGAGGCAAGAAUAAAGAAAAUAAGGAAUGAACAUAUUAAAGGUAAAAAAUAAACAUUUUUGGGUGCUUUCUAGACUUAAUAAGCAAUGCUGUUUAAUUAUAACUAGAUUAUAUUUUCAACAACACUGUAAAACACAAUAAAAUAUUCAGGGCAAAAGUCUUAUUCCAGGCUAUCACAGGUAAUAGGUAGACCUUUAUUUACUAUAUAUAUAUAUAUAUUUUGAUGUAUAAACAAAAAUCUGAAAUAGAUCUCUUUCCAAAGGAUAUUUACUUAUAAAAGCAGUCACACCUCUUUAACUAAAGUAAAAAGAAGCUUAAAUAGAAAUUCAUUUCUUAUUUGUCACUUAAAUGAAAUAUAUAUAAAUUACAUAAGUGAAAUAUUUUUGUUAUGGAUUUGACCAUUGAAAAUAUUUUAGAUGCCAUUUAUAAUUCAAAUUGUUUUAGAUGUUUAUUGCUAUUAUACACUUAGUGUGAAGUUAAAACGGAGAAGGAGGCAAAUAUUUUCCAGCUAUUAAAUUGAUUGGUUUUGUUAUCUAAAGUUUUUUAUUUACUUUUCAGCUAUUCGAAAAUUAACAGAAAAGCGUGCCAAAUUAGAAACCAGUUUUUUUCGAAGAGCCAUUAUUCAAGAAUAUUCUGACUCAGGUUCCCAAAGCUUUGCUCCUUUAACAAGACUUGGAGUUUUCUUGGAUCGGGGUUCGGAGCAGUACCUUGUUAAGUCAAAGCACCUAUCAACCUACCAAGUAAUAAUUGGAUUGUAUAGAGCAGUUUUAGUGAACCAAAACAUGCUACACUAAUGUUUGCUCAAGCUUUAAACUGAAUGUGGGACUUGCUUUUUAAAAAUCCCAUUUGAAACUGUUGCGUACCGCUCUAAUGUGUAGAGAAUUUAAUCUCUUAUUUUACUAUAUGGCUAGUGACAAACAGAACACAACAAAGGAUGAUACCAUUAAUUGAAAACAAUAAUAAAGGAUAACCAAACCAGGGCUAAUUAAAAAUAAUAAUUUAUUAAUCUAGCUUUACAAUAAAAAAUCAAAUAGAAUAAAACUAUCCUCUUACAGUACAGUAAUGAACUGGUACUGGUACAAUGUUUGGAAGGUGUACAAACAUACAAUAAAUAGUAAAUACAAAUCUACAUUCAUUACAGUAUAUGAUCUAUUAGUCUCACUCUCGACUCGUAUCGAAAUCACAAAAUCUGUCACUCUCUUUGUCUCGCAGUCUCCAUCCAUCUCUCUGUCAAAUGGCUUAUUUAUAGUCCUUUAUAGACAAUUUUCCAGAAAAGGGGUUACAGCCAGCGUUCCCUCCUUUGUACCUAGUGCCUUCUUGUAAGUUCCAUUGUAAAUUCCACGAAACUUGACUAGAUGCUGUGUUUACAUGUAUCAAGGUCAGGGGAGACAAUUUAUAAUUAGGCCACACCCAUUGUGUUGUCAUACUUGGGGUUACCCAGAGUUCAUGCAUGAGAAACAUGACAUUCAAUGUAAAUAAGGCAAGCAUUUACCAUAACAAAAACCCAAGAAAUCAUCAGCUGAUAAUUUAAAGUAGUCAUUCUUUAAUUGUAUCUCUUUUGUCUUUUCUUAACUCUGCAACUACUGUCAAGAAUUCAUAUUUUUUAUGUUUGUCCACCCUUUUUACUUGUAAAAUUGUAUUAAAGAAAUCAAUGCCUCUUUAGUAUAUUGAAUAUCAACAGAGAAACCAUUAUUCUGUAGCAGUGUUUCCCAAAGUUGGGUGCAUGCCAGUUUGAAUAUUAAAGUAGCAAUGUUUUGUUUUUGAAUGGGGAAAUUUAGAUUUAAAAGAAAAAAGAAGUUGAAAGGAGACUUUGAAAGUUGCUCACUGUUUUGAUUGUAAUUUAUUGUAAUAAAAAUAUAUUUUACUUAUUGUAAGCGUCAUCCUACAACAUGGAAUAUUGAGGCCUUAACAGGGGGUUGAAAUUAAAAUUCCAUCUUCCUGACAGCAGCACGGAGACCUAUAUUUUUAAAAAUCCUUUUCCACUUAAAAAAGCAACAGAACAUUAGCAAAAUAAUGAUGACACAAUGGCAAAGCUGAAAAUAAGCAGAGUAACAUAAUUAUUUUUUGUCAGUACCCUUAUAUUUCUUGAAAAUUUUAUAAAAAUAUAUGGCAUCCUUCUGUCUUCGUGAGACGAUGGAGUAGCUAUGUAGUCGUACACUUCGCCGAGUGGCUCACUAGGCCAAUCCUGGAAUGACAGUCUCAACUGCAUUUCUCGCAGGAGAAUAUUGAAUCCUGCUUAUGUUUGGUCUUCUGUAUUGUUCUUUUUGUUUCAAGGGCUUACUUUUGCUCAUCUUCUGCCUUUUUGACUCCUUCAUACACUGCUGUUCACCAGCUAGAACAUUGUUCUGCAAUGACCUCCCAUUUGUUGAUAUAAAUGUUUGCCUCCCUCAGGCUUCUUUUGCAAACAUCCUUAAAUCUCAGGCAUUGCCCAACAACAAGUCUUGACCCUUCUGCCAACUCUCCAUAAAGCAGCAUCUUUGGGAUAAGGCCUUACUUAUAAAAAUAACAUUUGACAUUUAUAUUAGUUGUAAAAAAACAACAAAAAAGGUAAUAACCCCCCCCCCCUGACCAAUUCCUUUCUAAAAUCCAAAAUGUUUGUUCAGGCCAAUGAAAUGAUGUUAUCUAGAUAAAUACUAUUUAGGAAUAUGUAAUAGUAUUUUUUUUUACAUUUAGCAUUUUUGUAUGUAUUAAAACUCUUUAGGGCUUACUGGAAUUGGAGGCUUCACUGCCUGAUUUUGUCAUGCACCCAAGGGUGAAAGCUCCUAAGCCAGUAACUGUGACAGACACUGGAUUCAUAAAGAGAAAAUACAAGAAAGAAAAAGAGCUUACUGAAGCCUAUGAGGUAGGAAAAUUCAAAUUGAAUUGUGAGUUAAUUAGCUUUACAUUUUUAAACCUUCAAAAUGAAGAUUAGUCUAACUUAUAAUAGUGAUUAUGAAACACUCAUCAUUCUUGAAGAGUCUUGAUUUUAAUCAUAGCAAAGCUUAAAAAACUCUUUAAAAAUCUUUAAAAAAUCAGAUAAAUAUUAACUAGAGUGACAAUUAUUGAAUAAUUGAGUGUACUCCAGGGGCUCUUGUCGUCGUGUCGAUCAAUGACAUGUUUGAUAAAGAGGCGCUCGCCACGAACCCCCUGAAGCGUUACCCGGGGAACAGUACCACCGUGUAGGGGACCCGCGCUGAAAGGCAAAGGUAACGCACGGAGACUGCGUUAAUUCGAGCACGAUUGCAUGGCUUCCCACCAAGUGCAGUCGAACUAUUUUACUAAACGCAGAAACAGGUUGGGACAUGAUUACAGUUGCCGUAUGGAUAUGAGGUGAAGGUGUGUGGCAACCUUUCACCGGUGAUUUUAAAUAUGCAGUCUUGAGGGCACUGCUCCUAGGCAACCUCUCUCUCCCAUCUACGGUGUGAAUUAGUCACACCGUAGAAUAACCAUACAAACCCUAGUAGAGGGCGUCGGUCUUAAACAACUACGCGGUCCCCCCGGGGUGGUAAGGGGGGACUUUAGAGACGUUAAAUAUCCACCCCAACCCCUUAGAAAGUCCGGCCCUGUUGCUGCGUGAGCAGCAAUCCGGCUGGCCAGGUGUUUCUUCUCUGGGGCUGCCACACUCAGCGGCCAAUCGAGUGGAGGUCGGGUGUGGCGGUCUUAGGGGCGGAGCGUCCCUGGCGUGCCGCUUCGCGGCCCGAUCGGAAUAAAGACCACUGGGGGAGUGGUUGACGGCCGGUUUGGUUGGCGGGGUGGUUCUUAGGGGCGGAGCGUCCCUGGCGUGCCGCUUCGCGGCCCGAUCGGAAUAAAGACCACUGGGGGAGUGGUUGACGGCCGGUUUGGUUGGCGGGGUGGUGCGUUGGGGAGGACCAUAUGAGCCUCAAGGCUCGGUGUUCGCUGAUUUUCUUAAGUUAGUUAGUUAGUGUACUCCAGGUGUUACUUACAAAUGUGCCAGAAUUUUAUAAAAACAUGAUUAGGUGUUAUUGCUGUACAGCAUAUGUUAAGUAGGCCUAGCUCUGGUAUAGUUGGUAAUUAUAAAUUAAUUUACUUCAAAAGCAUUUUGAGCUUGUUAAAAAUAUGACAAAUUUAAGCAACAAUUGGGAAUUUAAAAUUUGAUAUUGAUCUCGAGACACAUUUCUAUAAAUGAUUAUGCACUUUAUUUACAAUAGGCUAUCUAUUUGUAUUAAAAGAACAGCAAUUUUUAACUUGAUUAUUUAUAUUUAUCAUUCAUUCAUUGUUUUUAUGGAUGAUAACAGUAAAUAAAAUUUAUUGAGAAAAUGUCUUUUAGACUUAGACUAAGUUAAACAGGGUUAGAUAAUCAUUUAUACUCAGACUAAGUAUUAAAAUUAAGUACUGAUCACCUGGCUACUAUAUUAUUAUAUUUUUAUCAAAGAUACCAAAUGUUUUACUUGUAGCGAAUGUGAACAUUUAUCUUUCUUUCUUAUAUUUUAUUGUGUAAUUUAUAACUAAAAUUGAAAUUUGAGUCAAUAGGUAUUAAAAAAAGAAGUGGAUAUUCGGACCCGGGUCCGCGAAGUGAGAGGUAGGGAUUAAAAUAAAAUUUUUAAUGUUAGGUUGUAAGACUAAAUUUGGUAUCAAAUGAAAGAUAAUUGAAUGGACUAUAUGUUUGAAAACUUACUUCUUCAGUUUAACUAAAAUAAACUACCACAAAUGACAUCCGAAUAGUUUGAGUCUAAUGGGACCCAGGUCUGAAUAGCUGCGAUGCGUUUCCGGUUCCAUUUUGACUAAAUUUGCAUCCAUUAAAAAAUAUAUCUAUCUAAAAUAUGUUCUACAAAAACAUUCAACAAAAAGCCUGGAGUCACCAAACUCAACAAAGUAAAGCUUAUUGAUUAAUGAUACAUUUACCUCAUUUGCUUAAAAUAUAUAAUGCAGGCAAUGAGAACUCUUCGACUUGAAACUGAGGUAACAUUCAUAAUUAUUGGUUAGCUUAAAUCAUAUUACUUUUCAGAUAUUAUUAAAGUCAUUUACAUUGUUUUUAGCUUUUGUUACAAUUAAUUUUUAAAUAUGUUGUUUUUUAAAGUAAUAAAGUCCAUUAAAUAAUUCUACAAAAAUUUCUACUUGCUUUAAAAGGAAAGUAUAUUUUCAAGUGUUAAUGGAUGCUAUACAAUUGUUGGUUGUUUUUUUUUUCUCUCAUUUAAUUUGUAUAUUUCAUUAACUAGACAUCAUUCAACAAUAAUAACACAAAGAUAAACUCAGCAGUUGUGCUUUCAAAGAUAAUGGACAAACUUAAAGACUAAUCUAAAUAAACCAGACCAGGAUUUCCAGAAUUCAUUGGCCAUAAAAACAAAUUAUCAGGUUGCUAAAAGAAAAAAACAUGUCAUUUUGUCUAUGAAGGCUUGUAUUCUGCAAUAGAUAUUAAUGAGCAAAUUUGCAGACCCUACUCUUGUAGGGUUAUAAAUAAAUUUCUCCAGCACUUGCAUUGUUGCCAGUAGCAAGCUAGGUUUUGAUACUAGAGACAUGAUGCUACAUAUGUUUUAGGAAGGCUUGCCUGACAUGAUGGCUAUGAAUGUAUGAGGAAUGCUUGCCUGACAUGAUGGCUAUGUAUGUAUGAGGAAUGCUUGCCUGACAUGAUGGCUAUGUAUGUAUGAGGAAUGCUUGCCUGACAUGAUGGCUAUGAAUGUAUGAGGAAUGCUUGCCUGACAUGAUGGCUAUGUAUGUAUGAAUGUAUGAAGAAUGUUUGCCUAACAUGAUGGCGUUAACCACUGGUCAUGAGGCUAUGUUUGAAUCAUAAGUUAAAUAGCGUUUGAUAAUCAUUUAUACUCAGGCUAAGCAUUAACUACUGACCUGAUGGUUAUGUGUGGCCUGAUGGUUAUGUGUGACCUGAUGGUUAUGUGUGGCCUGAUGGUUAUGUGUGGCCUGAUGGUUAUGUGUGGCCAGAUGGUUACGUGUGGCCUGAUGGUUACGUGUGGCCUGAUGGUUAUGUGUGACCUGAUGGUUAUGUGUGACCUGAUGGUUAUGUGUGACCUGAUGGCUAUGUUGUGACCUGAUGGGUUUGUGUGACCUGAGGGUUAUGUGUGACCUGAUGGUUAUGUGUGACCUGAUGGUUAUGUGUGACCUGAUGGCUAUGUUGUGACCUGAUGGUUUUGUGUGACCUGAGGGUUAUGUGUGACCUGAUGGUUAUGUGUAAACUGAUGGUUAUGUAUGACCUGAUGGUUAUGUAUGACCCGACAGUUAUGUGUGACCUGAUAGUUAUGUGUGACCUGAUGGCUAUGUUGUGACCUGAUGGUUUUGUGUGACCUGAGGGUUAUGUGUGACCUGAUGGCUAUGUGUGACCUGAUGGUUAUGUGUAAACUGAUGGUUAUGUAUGACCUGAUGGUUAUGUAUGACCUGAUGGUUAUGUAUGACCUGAUGGUUAUGUAUGACCCGACGGUUAUGUGUGACCUGAUGGUUAUGUGUGGUCUGAUGGUUAUGUAUGACCCGAUGGUUAUGUGUGACCUGAUGGUUAUGUGUGGCCUGAUGGUUAUGUAUGACCUGAUGGUUAUGUGUGACCUGAUGGUUAUGUGUGACCUGAUGAUUAUGACCCGAUGGUUAUGUGUGACCUGAUGGUUAUGUGUGGCCUGAUGGUUAUGUAUGACCUGAUGGUUAUGUGUGACCUGAUGGUUAUGUGUGACCUGAUGAUUAUGUGUGACCUGAUGGUUAUGUGUGACCUGAUGGCUAUGUGUGACCUGAUGGUUAUGUGUAAACUGAUGGUUAUGUGUAAACUGAUGGUUAUGUAUGACCUGAUGGUUAUGUAUGACCUGAUGGUUAUGUAUGACCCGACGGUUAUGUGUGACCUGAUGGUAAUGUGUGGUCUGAUGGUUAUGUAUGACCCGAUGGUUAUGUGUGACCUGAUGGUUAUGUGUGGCCUGAUGGUUAUGUAUGACCUGAUGGUUAUGUGUGACCUGAUGGUUAUGUGUGACCUGAUGAUUAUGUGUGACCUGAUGGUUAUGUGUGGCCUGAUGGUUAUGUGUGACCUGAUGGUUAUGUGUGGCCUGAUGGUUAUGUGUGACCUGAUGGUUAUGUGUGGCCUGAUGGUUAUGUGUGACCUGAUGGUUAUGUGUGGCCUGAUGGUUAUGUGUGGCCUGAUGGUUAUGUGUGACCUGAUGGUUAUGUGUGGCCUGAUGGUUAUGUAUGACCUGAUGGUUAUGUGUGACCUGAUGGUUAUGUGUGGCCUGAUGGUUAUGUAUGACCUGAUGGUUAUGUGUGGCCUGAUGGUUAUGUGUGGCCUGAUGGUUAUGUAUGACCUGAUGGUUAUGUAUGACCUGAUGGUUAUGUGUGGCCUGAUGGUUAUGUAUGACCUGAUGGUUAUGUGUGGCCUGAUGGUUAUGUGUGGCCUGAUGGUUAUGUAUGACCUGAUGGCUGUGUAUGACCUGAUGGCUAUGUAUAACCUGAUGGGUAUGUAUGACCUGAUGUCUACGUGUGACCUGAUAGUUACAUAUGACCUGAUGGUUAUGUAUGACCUGAUGGUUUUGUAUGACCUGAUGGUUAUGUGUGACCUGAGGGUUAUGUGUGACCUGAUGGCUAUGUGUGACCUGAGGGUUAUGUGUGACCUGAUGGCUAUGUUGUGACCUGAUGGUUUUGUGUGACCUGGGGGUUAUGUGUGACCUGAUGGCUAUGUGUGACCUGAUGGUUAUGUAUGAACUUAUGGUUAUGUAUGACCUGAUGGUUAUGUGUGACCUGAUGUUUAUGUGUNCUACGUGUGACCUGAUAGUUACAUAUGACCUGAUGGUUAUGUAUGACCUGAUGGUUUUGUAUGACCUGAUGGUUAUGUGUGACCUGAGGGUUAUGUGUGACCUGAUGGCUAUGUGUGACCUGAGGGUUAUGUGUUGCCUGAUGGCUAUGUUGUGACCUGAUGGUUUUGUGUGACCUGAGGGUUAUGUGUGACCUGAUGGCUAUGUGUGACCUGAUGGUUAUGUAUGACCUUAUGGUUAUGUAUGACCUGAUGGUUAUGUGUGACCUGAUGUUUAUGUGUAAACUGAUGGUUAUGUGUGACCUGAUGGUUAUGUGUGACCUGAUGGUUAUGUGCGACCUGAUGGUUGUGUGUGACCUGAUGGUUAUGUGUGACCUGAUGGUUAUGUAUGACCUGAUGAUUAUGUGUGACCUGAGGGUUAUGUGCGACCUGAUGGCUAUGUGUGAGCUGAUGGUUAUGGGUGACCUGAGGGUUAUGUGUGACCUGAUAGCUAUGUUGUGACCUGAUGGUUUUGUGUGACCUGAGGGUUAUGUUUGACCUGAUGGCUAUGUGUGACCUGAUGUUUAUGUGUGACCUGAUGGCUAUGUGUGACCUGAUGUUUAUGUGUGACCUGAUGGUUAUGUAUGAUCUGAUGGUUAUGUGUGACCUAAGGGUCAUGUGCGACCUGAUGGCUAUGUGUGAACUGAUGGUUAUGUGUGACCUGAUAGCUAUGUUGUGACCUGAUGGUUUUGUGUGACCUGAGGGUUAUGUGUGACCUGGAUGCUAUGUGUGACAUGAUGUUUAUGUGUGACCUGAUGGUUACGUGUAAACUGAUGGUUAUGUUUGACCUGAUGGCUAUGUGUGACCUGAUGGUUAUGUAUGACCUGAUGGUUAUAUGUGACCUGAUGGUUAUGUGUGACCUGCUGGCUGUGUGUGACCUGAUGGUUAUGUGUGACCUGAUGGUUAUAUUUGACAUGAGGGUUAUGUAUUACCUGAUGGUUACGUAUGAACUGAUGGUUAUGAGUGACCUGAUGGUUAUCUGUGACCUGAUGGUUGUGUGUGACCUGAUUGCUGUGUCUGACCUGAUGGUUAUAUGUGACUUGAUGGUUAUGUGUGACCUGGUGGCUUUGUAUGACCUGAUGGUUAUGUGUGACCGGAUGGCUUUGUAUGACCUGAUGGUUACAUGUGACCUGAUGGUUAUGUGCGACCUGAUGGCUUUGUGUGAACUGAUGACUAUGUAUGACCUGAUGGCUAUGUAUGACUUGAUCGCUAUGUAUGACCUGAUGGCUAUGUAUGACCUGAUGGCUGUGUAUGACCUGGUGGUAAUGUGUGACUUGAUGGUUAUAUGUGACCUGAUGGAUGUGUAUGACUUGAUUGCUGUGUAUGACCUGAUGGUUAUGUGUGACCUGAUUGUUAAAUGUGACCUGAUGGUUAUGUGUGACCUGAUGGUUAUUUAUGACCUGAUGGUUAUGUGUGACCUGAUGGUUAUGUGUGAACUGAUGGUUAUGUGUGACCUGAUGGUUGUGUGUGACCUGAUUGCUGUGUCUGACCUGAUGGUUAUAUGUGACCUGAUGGCUUCGUGUGACCUGAUGGUUGUGUGACCUGAUUGCUGUGUCUGACCUGAUGGUUAUGUGUGACCGGAUGGCUUUGUAUGACCUGAUGGUUACAUGUGACCUGAUGGUUAUGUGCGACCUGAUGGCUUUGUGUGAACUGAUGACUAUGUAUGACCUGAUGGCUAUGUAUGACUUGAUCGCUAUGUAUGACCUGAUGGCUAUGUAUGACCUGAUGGCUGUGUAUGACCUGGUGGUAAUGUGUGACUUGAUGGUUAUAUGUGACCUGAUGGAUGUGUAUGACUUGAUUGCUGUGUAUGACCUGAUGGUUAUGUGUGACCUGAUUGUUAAAUGUGACCUGAUGGUUAUGUGUGACCUGAUGGUUAUUUAUGACCUGAUGGUUAUGUGUGACCUGAUGGUUAUGUGUGACCUGAUGGUUGUGUAUGACCUGAUUGCUGUGUCUGACCUGAUGGUUAUAUGUGACUUGAUGGUUAUGUGUUACCUGAUGGUUUUGUAUGACCUGAUGGUUAUUUGUGACCUGAUGGUUGUGUGUGACCUGAUGGCUUUUUAUGACCUGAUGGUUUUAUGUGACCUGAUGGUUAUAUGUGACCUGAUGGUUAUGUGCGACCUGAUGGCUUUGUAUGAACUGAUGGCUAUGUAUGACCUGAUAGCUAUGUAUGACUUGAUGGCUAUGUAUGACCUUAUGGCUGUGUAUGACCUGGUGGUAAUGUGUGACUUGAUGGUUAUAUGUGACCUGAUGACUGUGUAUGACCUAAUUGCUGUGUAUGACCUGAUGGUAAUGUGUGACCUGAUUGUUAUAUGUGACCUGAUGGUUAUGUGUGGCCUAAUGGUUAUGUGUGACCUGAUGGUUAUGUGUGACCUGAUGGUUAUGUUUGACCUGAGGGUUAUGUGUGACCUGAUGUCUAUGUGUGACCUGAUGGUUAUGUGUGACCUUAGGGUUAUGUGUGACCUGAUAGCUUUGUAUGACCUGAUUGCUGUGUAUGACCUGAUGGUUAUGUGUGACCUGAUGGUUAUAUGUGACCUGAUUGCUGUGUGUGACCUGAUGGUUAUGUGUGACCUGAUGGCUAUUUUGUGACCUGAUGGUUAUGUGUGACCUGAUGGCUAUGUAUGACCUGAUUGUUAUGUGUGAACUUAUGGCUAUCUAUGUCCUGUUAAUUUGUUUAUGCCUUGUUACUACAAGCUAGUCAUGGUCUGGCAAAUUAAAACUGUAUUCAACAGUCAUUAAAAGUUGGGCCUGCUUGUUUGCCGCUGUCACUCCAAUCGGAACUCGGACAUUUUCAUCUUGGCGGAUGAAGCACACUUGUCAUGGUCUUAACAUCGUGGAAAUAUCCUCAAGUUGAUUUAGAGUGGCUUUACAAAAUGGCCAUCAAUCUACUUGGCAUGUGAAUCAUUUUGUACUGAUAGUUCAUUUCACUGGAACAGUUCUCACAUGAUAUUUCCCCUCCAAUGAUGAGCGUCACUUUAGCAUAUCAAGUAUAAACAGCACAUCAUUUUUUUGGGAAAAUCUUUGUUCUUUAAGUGUUUGUCAUUCAGCAAUAAUUUUGAAAUUGUGCUAAAUAUCACUCUGUCUUUUCUCAUGAGCAGCAGACUGAUACAACUUAAUGUCAAGGUCUUGAGCAGUAAUGGUUGAUCACUUUUAAUCAAUGGUCAACCAACUUUCUGUCAGAUCUUCACUUGAUCAAUGCUGUCAGGAUUCUCUGCACACAUUUUAGUUAAAGUUUCCUUUUCUUUGCUAAACAACUGCUGCUUUUCAUGCAGCAGAUCCAGCUUAACAAGGCGGACUUUUGGGGACAAAUUAUCCUCAUUCUUCAAGUCAUUCCAAAUUUUAUUGACUUUCUUUUAAAUCUUUUUUAUUAACUUCCCUUUUGUUUGUAUGUUUCUGGCUGGCUGAAAAUUCCGACGCCUAACUGACCCACUUCCUGUCAACCUAUUGAGCUGGAACUUGGCACAUAGACUCAUUGCACAUUCCUUAGUGUGUAAUAUUUUCUUUUCUUUUUCAGAAAUUCUUGGAGAAAUAAAUCUGUGAUGUAAAAGUGGGUGGGUCAUUCGAAUAUUAAUAUAGUAAAGGGGCAUGAAAAAAUAUGCGGUUGCAAGCUUUUGGGGGAGGGAGCACUAUUUGAGAUUCUUAUAAAUGGCCUCUUAGUUGUAUGCAUCUUAGUUGUAUGCAUCUUAGUUGUAUGCAUCUUAGUUGUAUGCAUCUUAGUUGUAUGCAUCUUAGUUGUAUGCAUCUUAGUUGUAUACAUCUUAGUUGUAUGCAUGUUUUGGAUUUAUUUGAUUAUUGUUUUGUUUUCCAUUUUUGGUUUGUUAAAAAAUGAAACUAUUAUGUCCCUGAAUACCUCUUAAAAAUCACACGAUCGAUAACUGAUUGGUUCAUUUUUGUGUGAAAUGUGUGGCAUGUGUCAGAUUAGUGGCCCGAUUUAUAUCAUUUUUGCCAAUGUCAGACCAAAAGCAAUAUUCAUACGGUAGCUUCCUUUUUUUAAAACCUGUUUUGACUGCACAAUGUUAGGUACUUUACAUACCCCUCAGACCAUUUGUUCUUACGCUAUUAACAUAAUUUAUCUUGAAUGACCAUAUCUUUUGAACCUUGUUUUUGUUAAAUUCCUGCAACUUGAUUGCAACAUAACUUCCUAGUCAUUUGCAACUAGAAUCUACAGGUGGAGAGAGCCCAGAUUUUGACUUCUCUUGCACUAAAAAGUGUGCUAACAUUCUGUCCAGUGCACAGAAAGACAAACAUAACAUAAAUCUUAUAUUAGUAAAAGCCUAAAAAUGAUUUGAAUAUUUUCACCCAUUAAACUUUAAAAAUAUUUUUUACAGAUUUUUUUAAAGAUCAAAAUUGUAUUACAGAAAAUAGGAUUGACAUCAUAUAAUCUUAACUCUACCCCUCUCCCUUGUCAACAAUUGUUAAACUUUUCCAACCCUUCCCCCAUAGACAUCCCCUAUGUACUGUCAACAUUGUCAAGUUCUGGCAGGGCCAUGCUGAUAGGGGCACCCUGGGCGCCUAAAGCAACGGGGAAAAAAUGAUCAUUCUUACAAUUCAUAUAUAUAUAUAAAUAAUUUUUUUUUUCCCUUGCCACAGCUUUUCCUUUGUAUGGCCCUGUUAGUUGAAAUAGCUGACAUAUGUUGAGGCCAAAGGGUUUCCUUGGUAUGUCCCUGUUAGUUGAAAUAGCUGACAUAUGUUGAGUCCACUGGGUUUCCUUUGUAGGGCCCUGUUAGUUGAAAUAGCUGACAUAAUUGAGGCCACUGGGUUUCCUUUGUAUGGCCUGUUAGUUGAAAUAGCUGCCAUAUUUUGAGGACUCAAUGAAUGUCUUUCCAUUCUGUCUAAGGCAAUUAAAGCAGAACAAGAAAGAAGUCAAGAUGUUCCACGCGCGCUUCGAUUUUUGCAAAGAAUUGAAAGGCCAAUCCCUCGUCCACCAACUCCUGAAAUUGAGAUUCUUGAUGACGUAAGUUUAUCCAAAUAUUUGUUUCAGUAAAUAUAAAGUUUACCAAUGACUACUAAAUUUUUAUAAUUUUUUAUUUCUUAGAAAAAUUAAUCAGUUAUUCCAAAGGGGAAUCAAUUCACAAAUAAUUAGAGACAACUUCUUAAUGAUCAAUGGAAAUAAAAAAUUAUAUAGAAAGAAUGUAGAUAAUUAGUUAAGUAAAUUAGACGUUAAGAUAGGCCUGAUAGUAUCAAUUGAUAAAUAGAUAAUAUAAUAAUCAGAUAAAUUAGUUAAUUAAAUAAGAAGAUAAAUUUUGUGAGAGAAAUGUAUUAAGAGUUUUGUUAUCUCAAUUGUUUACAAUCUCAAUCAAGUAUCCAAACAAAGUUCUUGAAAAGGAGGUACAUUUUUUUCUUCAUUUUUCCUUUCAUUUUAUCUUUAAAAAAAACAACAAAUAUCUGCAGACUUAUUCAAAAAAUAAUAUUUUAAUUUCCCAAAAUUUGAUUGAAGUAUUGAUUUUCUGUUCAGUUUUAAUCUCACCUUGUAAUUUUAUCUUGUUCUCAUUUUAAAAAAAAGUUUGUUCCAAAAAAUUAGAAAAAAAUUAUUCAAGUAAAAAAAUGAAAAUGUUGCUUUAUUUUUUUUAUACAAACUGACUGGAAUUUAAGUUAUUUAAAAAAAAAAAGGAAGUAAGUAUAGUAUAAGUGGCCUUAGGUCAAAGGGCUAGAAGGUAGUAAAAUUAGUUAUUUGACAGGUGCCUGUACAUUUUAUUUUGUUUUAUCAACAUAAAGAAUUAUGGUGAUAUUUUGUAAAAGAACAAAAUUUGUGAGGGCUUUUUUGGCUUGUGAAGUUAAUAAUUGAGCAUUUUUGUCUCAACAAAGAAUGUUAAUAAAGAUUUCUCUUAAUUUUUUAUUUUAGGCCUAUAUUUAAAUUUUAUGGGACGUGCUCUCCAUUUUAUAUUAAAUAGUUUGAUUAAAAAAUACAUUGAACUAUUUUUUUUGAGCCGCCUUCAGCCUUGUGUUUUUAUGAUUAAGAUGUUUAAUUUUUGAUUGAAUUUUAACCUGUUCAUUAAUUUAGUGAACUCAGUAAAUUAAUAAAUGACUUAUUGUAAGCUACACAAAAUUAUUCCUUUAUUAUUUGUUUAACAACCAAGGAGGAAGAGAACAAAGAAUUGGCAGUCAUAUUUUUGCAACAAGUAAUCAGAGGUCGUGCAAUUCAAAAUAAUGUGAGUAAUGACCAGAUUUCUAUUCUAGUAAAAAUAAUUCAAUGUCCUUCACACGCUUUAACAUAACCGUUUUCAGCAUACUGACAAUUUUAUGGCCUGUGACAAUGGUCAUUUUAAUUAUUGCUUGAAUCCUAAUUUAAACUAUAUAUGGAAAAGUGAUUGGGAUAUCAGAAUAUUAAUAUAGUUGAUGGGCAUAAAAUAAAAAGUGUGCAGGUACGUAUCAUUGGGGUAAGGGAUGUAGCGAAAAUUGGGAUUCUUAAAUGUGCGUUACUGAGUUCAUGUUUUGUCAAGUAACUUUAGUAGAUGGGAAGUUCACCAAUGUUUGGCAAGCUAUAACUAGUAUUUAUUAAAAUUUGUAACACAAUUGAUUUCAUUUGCAUUUUAUUCUCAAGCGCUUUAGAAGUAGAUAUAAUAGUAGUAAAUUUAUAUAUACAAUGUAGGGUCUGUGUAGGGAGGAAAUAGUAGGUGAUAGGGUAGGACAGUGUAAGGAGGGUAAAGGUAGAACAGUGUAAGGAGGGUUAGGGAAGGACAGUAUAAGGAUGGUAAGGGUAGAACAGUGUAAGGAGGGCUAGGGUAGGACAGUGUAAGGACGUAAGGGUAAGACAGUGUUAGGAGGGCUAGGGUAGGACAGUGUAAGGACGUAAGGGUAAGACAGUGUAAGGAGGGUAAGGGUAGGACAGUGUAAGGAGGGUAAGAGUAGGGCAGUGUAAGGAGGGUAAGGGUAGAACAGUGUAAGGAGGGCUAGGGCAGGACAGUGUAAGGAGGGUAAGGGUAGGACAGUGUAAGGAGGUUAUGGUAGGACAGUGUAAGGAGGGUAAGGGUAGGACAGUGUAAGGAGGGUAAGAGUAGGGCAGUGUAAGGAGGUUAUGGUAGGACAGUGUAAGGAGGGUAAGCGUAGGACAGUGUAAGGAGGGUAAGAGUAGGACAGUGUAAGGAGGGUAAGAGUAGGACAGUGUAAGGAGAGUAAGAGUAGGACAGUGUAAGGAGGUUAUGGUAGGACAGUGCAAGGAGGAAAUUAGGAGGUGAUAGGGUAGGAAAAUUUAAGGAGCGUUUGGGUAUUACAGUGUAAGGUGGGUAAGGGUAGGACAGUGUAAGGAGGGUAAGUGUAGGAUUGUGUAAGGAGGGAUAUGGUAGGACAGUGUAAGGAGGUUUACCGUAGGACUGUAAGUUGGUAAGGGUAGGACAUUGUAAAGAGGGGUCAGUGUAGGACAUUGUAAAGAGGGGUCAUUGUAGGAAAUUGUAAAGAGGUGUCAGUGUAGGAUAGUUUAAGAGUGAGGGUGGGAGGGUUGGUCUAAAGGAUUUUUCAAGAUUGAAUGGCAUAUGCCAUGUUCAUAAAGGCAGUUCAAAAUUGACAUAUACCAUUGUUAAGAAUAAAAUAUUUACAUAUGAAAUUUUCACAUAUGCAUUUUGACAUAUGUAAUAGAUUUUUCACACAAUGUUUAUUUAAACAAUGUUCAUUGACAGUGUUAAUGUUCAAUGCUGACAUAUUAUAUUUGCAGAUGUUUGAAGGUAAAGUGAAACGACGUGAGUUAAUAAAUGAGAUAAGAUCAACACAUGCACUCCAGGAGAAAGAGCAAAAUAUGAAGAAACAUGAGGAAAAAGCAACACUGGCAUUACAGAAACAAAGAAAAAUGCAUGAACACAAAGUAAUGCCCCUUUUUAUAUAAAUAUAUAUUUAUUUGAAUUGUUAUAGGCCAUUAAGUUUCUGUGUGGGUCACAGACCAACUACCAUAAAAGAUAUUUUAAUAAACCAAGUUCACCACCACACCAGAUGUCAUUAAACAAAAGUACCACAAUUGUAUUUAUUCAAUGUCAUUGUUACUAGCCGAUGAGUUCCUUUGGAAUUGGGAUGUUUCUUCUCAUCAAAUUAAUUUAAUCAUCAUUAGCUGCAAGAAUUGUUCUUAAGUUUUUAACAUUGAAAUUAAAAUAUAUGAAACCUGUUAUAUGCUUAACAAGAAGUUUCUUAAUAGAACAGAUUGGCUUUUCUUUCAGGAAUCAUUGAUUGAUGAAUCACUUGCUGAACUAGAGAGUAAGAGCUUAGGAGAAAUGUUUGACUUCCUAACUAAAGAACUUGUGCGACUGCAAGAAGAAAGAAGAAUACACGCUUUCUCAAUGCUGGCAGAGAGGCAAAGAAGAAUACGGGAGGCCGAGGAAAGUGGCAGGAGGCAGUGGGAAAUACGACGCAGAAGAGAGGAAGAUGAAAUCUUUAAACAGGUUCAACUACCGAGUUACUGUUUUUUAUCUAUAUGUGUUGUGUCUCAGGUUCAAAGGAUCAAAUUAUCACAUUAUUAAAUUUUACAUUUAAUGUGAUAUUUUUGGUUACCGGAAAUUUUUUUGAAAGAACAGGAAGUUAGGUCAAAUUUUUUUUUCAGUUCACACGAUCAAAUUUUCGUCAAAUUUCUUUUUGAAUGCACUAUACUAUAUAGUAAAAUAAAAUAACCCUAGGUUUAUUCAAUUCAUUUUUUUGUGAUAUUCAAUAAUGAUUUAUCAUUAUCAUGCUCAUCAAUGUUAUCAUAAACAAUGCUAUUGAAAAAAUAACACACUUGUGCAUGUAUCAUGGGUUGGUAUAAUACUCAUAUAGUGGGCUUAUUGCAGAUUUUGGCAACCAAUUUUGAUGUUUUUUGUGAUUCUCCGUCAAGACCCAUCAGAACAACAAUUUUAAGGUUAAAAAAAUAAUUUUCCCCCACCAAUGGGGGUAAGGAAGAUAGGUUGCAGAAUGAAAUAAUUACGUCACCAGAACAAAAAGACUAAUGUGUUGGUACUAGGCUAAAUAUUAAUACAGCGAUAUUUUGCCAGCUAUUUAUGAAAACACAAAGCAAUAACCGGGAAACACUUUGAUAUUUAGGUGACAUUUGGCUCUAUUAUAUUGUAGAUAUGUGUCUAGGUAGCAUUUUCAUGUAUUCCACCCCCACCCCCUCCCCCACCCCCUCUUCCGUCCAAAUUUACUCUUACUUUAAAAUACAUUUUAACAAAUUUAAAUUACUUUUUAAUUAAAUUGGUAAAGCACAAAUACUCCUUAGAUUUUUUAAAAUUAAUAUUCACAAUUCACAAUGAUCUUUUUUUUUUAUAAAAAGAAUGUGAAUACGGAUAUUUUCCCUCCAUUAUUUUUCAAUGUAUGCAGAAUGUAUGCGUGGAAGAAUUUUAAAAGAUCUAAAUAUUUUGGUUUUGGCUUCUGUUUGGGCAGAAAGUCUCAUUAACAUUUUGGUUUCGGCAGAAAAUAAUUUUUAAUUUUCAGCCUAGUUUCAGUUUUGGACAAAAUCAGAAAAUCACUCUUGGUUGGCUAUAUGCUAUAUUCUUUGUAGGCUUCCUUCUUGUGAGGUUUUGUUUAUAUGAAGAUAUGAUCUUGUGAGGCUAUAUUCAUAUGAAGAUAUGAUCUUAUGAGGCUAUGCUAAUGGGAAGAUAUGAUCUUGUGAGGCUACACUAAUGAGAAGAUAUGAUCUUAUGAGGCUAUGCUAAUGGGAAGAUAUGAUCUUGUGAGGCUAUGUUAAUGGGUAGAUGUGAUCUUAUGAGGCUAUGUUAAUGGGAAGAUGUGAUCUUAUGAGGCUAUGCUAAUGGGAAGAUUUGAUCUUGUGAGGCUAUGUUAAUGGGAAGAUAUGAUCUUGUGAAGCUAUGUUAAUGGGAAGAUAUGAUCUUAUGAGGGUAUAUUCAAAUGAAGAUAUUAUCUUGUGAGGCUAUGCUAAUGGGAAGAUAUGAUCUUGUGGGGCUAUGUUAAUGGGAAGAUAUGAUCUUAUGUGGCUAUGUUAAUAGGAAGAUAUGAUCUUGUGGGGGUAUAUUCAAAUGAAGAUAUAAUCUUGUGAGGCUAUGUUAAUGGGAAGAUAUGAUCUUGUGGGGGUAUAUUUAUAUGAAGAUAUGAUCUUAUGAGGCUAUGUUAAUGGGAAGAUAUGAUCUUAUGAGGCUAUGCUAAUGGGAAGAUAUGAUCUUGUGAGGCUAUGCUAAUGGGAAGAUAUGAUCUUAUGAGGCUAUGUUAAUGGGAAGAUAUGAUCUUAUGGGGCUAUGUUAAUGGGAAGAUAUUAUCUUAUGUGGCUAUGUUAAUGGGAAGAUAUGAUCUUAUAUGGCUAUGUUAAUGGGAAGAUAUGAUCUUAUGUGGCUAUGUUAAUGGGAAGAUAUGAUCUUAUGGGGCUAUGUUAAUGGGAAGAUAUGAUCUUAUGUGGCUAUGUUAAUGGGAAGAUAUGAUCUUAUGGGGCUAUGUUAAUGGGAAGAUAUGAUCUUAUGGGGCUAUGUUAAUGGGAAGAUAUGAUCUUAUGGGGCUAUGUUAAUGGGAAGAUAUGAUCUUAUGGGCUAUGUUAAUGGGAAGAUAUGAUCUUAUGGGGCUAUGUUAAUGGGAAGAUAUGAUCUUAUGGGGCUAUGUUAAUGGGAAGAUAUGAUCUUAUGGGGCUAUGUUAAUGGGAAGAUAUGAUCUUAUGGGGCUAUGUUAAUGGGAAGAUAUGAUCUUAUGGGGCUAUGUUAAUGGGAAGAUAUGAUCUUAUGGGACUAUGUUAAUGGGAAGAUAUGAUCUUAUGGGGCUAUGUUAAUGGGAAGAUAUGAUCUUGUGAGGCUAUGUUAAUGGGAAGAUAUGAUCUUAUGGGGCUAUGUUAAUGGGAAGAUAUGAUCUUAUGGGGCUAUGUUAAUGGGAAGAUAUGAUCUUAUGGGGCUAUGUUAAUGGGAAGAUAUGAUCUUAUGGGGCUAUGUUAAUGGGAAGAUAUGAUCUUGUGAGGCUAUGUUCUCAGCUUAAGUUGCUAUGGGGUGUUGUUUUUUUCAAUGCAGGAAUUGUUCUUGUACUUAAUGUUCUGAAUUUGUAUGAUAACAAUUUUUAAAAUGGUUUGUUUAUGGUUUUAUUGUUAAAGUUAAAGCUUAAAUGGCUGCCAUGAAAACACAUUCUUGAAUCUCCUUUGAAUUGAAAGUUAAAUAAUCCAUUGGUCAAGUUUGGCUGUAGUUGAAAUCACCUACAUUAUGUAAGCUAACUUGGCUGUAGUUGAAAUCACCUACAUUAUGUAAGCUAACUUGGCUGUAGUUGAAAUCACCUACAUUAUGUAAGCUAACUUGGCUGUAGUUGAAAUCACCUACAUCAUGUAAGCUAACUUAAAACUUGUUGAUGCAUGAUUAAUUCAAUUGCUACAAAAAUACCUUACAAAACCUUACCUUAAUUUCCUCGUUGCAACUGAAACAAAGCAUUGUACAUAAAUUAUAAUUUGAUUUUGAUAAAUGUUUACAUUAAGCUGAUUUACUUGGGUUUUGUAUGUCUUUUAGGUUGUUAAGACCCAUCAGGUCAAAGUGGUCACUUAUUUAUAUGGUUGCUUGUAUGUCUUUCAGGUUGUGAAGACCCAUCAGGUAACAGUGGACACAUAUCUUGAGAAUAUCAUUUCAGGUUCCAUUGAUAAUACUGCGGAUGAGCAGGCCAGGAGUGAGAUAGAAAAACAAGCUUUAGCUAUCAAUGACUUAGCAUAUGAAGUUGAAGACAGGUUAAUAUCAAUAAAUUUUUAAAAAAAUGUAUUGCAUUUUGUGGGAAUAUUUUUUAUAAACAAGUUCUUAACAAUAUCCUCAUGAAUUUCUUUGACACAUUUAGUCAUCCAAGAGUUGGCUCCCACUACUGCUCAAUUCUUAUGAAGACUAAAUGAUUAGGGCCAUAGUGCUUAUUUUGCAUCCAGGGCAGGCAACUCAAACAGUCUUUGUAAAAGGCUUUUCAGUCAGUUUAAAUCUCAGUCUUUCACAUUUUUUAUCUAUUUCAUUUUUGCAUCAUUUUAACACUGAAAAUAUAUUUCCAUUACAGCAGAGACAAACUUGAAUCAGAAGAAAUAGUUGCAGAUCUUGUUCAUUGCUUCCUGAUUCCCGAAGCCAAGAAACAGACAGUGAGAGA